AUGCCUCCUGUUCAAGCUAGAAACUGUGUAACCUGUAGAGUUGCUCCACCUGAAGAUUACAAUUUUCGAAAAUGUGAUUCAUGUCGAGAACGUGCCCGAAACUACGCCAGACAGAGAGCUGCAUUAAGGCCACCUAGAGCACCUAGAGCACCUGCCGCUUUCAUAUCAGAGCUUAGAAGAAUGCAACCUCAUUAUCUGGGAAGAAUGGACGUUGUAUGUGAUGGUUGUGGCGCAUUGCAUUGGGACGCAGCAAGAACUACCGGUCAAGCCAGAAGCAACAAUCUCUUCUACUCUUGCUGUAAAAAAGGAAAGGCCAUUUUGCCCUUAUUGCAAGAUCCGCCUGAGCCCUUGAAUAGUUUAAUCAACGGAAGCCACCCACGCUCAUCCCAUUUCUUGAAACAUAUAAGGCAAUACAAUACUUUGUUUGCUUUUACUUCAUUCGGUACCACUGCUAUGCCAGCAGGGACCCAGAGAGAAAGAGAGGAGGAGAGGAGAGGUGGGAUUACUCCAGUAGGUGCCCAUGGUGAAUUGUAUCACAUGCAAGCACCCUUGAAUUUUGAUAAUGCUCCAAAGUACAAUCAGCUGUACAUUUACGAUCCCGAGUAUGCCGCUGCAUGUCGAUCUGCCAACACAAGAAAUCAGCAUUUAGAUGAUUCUACCAUUGAAGCAUUAAGUGAAAUGAUUGGUGAUGCGGUUCGUUGUGGUAACCCAUUUGUACGUAUCUACAAGCAUGCCCACGAGAUUCUGGAUGCAGAGGAAGAACGACAAGCCCAAGGUCAUGUCAGCGAGGAUGCAUAUAUUCGACUCGACCCUCAAAUAAGACUUGAAUUGAUUGUCGGUGAAGAUAGGCGUACUCAGAACCUGCCAACUGUCAACGAGAUUGCAGCUAUCAUCCCCAAUGAAUAUGCUGAUUCAAGUUUCAGAGACAUCCUGGUUAUCUAUCGAAAUAGCUCCUCCACCAGUUCCAGAGGACACUUUAAAAGGAUCAACGAGACACAUGCUGCCUACAUGCCUCUCCAUUACGUUUUGCUUUUUCCCAGAGGUGAAUAUGGGUGGCAUUGGGGCCUUCGUUUGCAAUUGUCUGCUUCAACUGUUGAUGCUAUGGAUGUUGAUAAUGAAGAAGCGCAAGAAGGACAGCAACAAGCAGCAAAAAGGCUCACUCAGCGAGUGUUUUACAGAUUUAGACUGCAUGUCAGAGCUGAUGAAUUAAAGAUAUUGUUCUUAUCAAGACGUCUCUUCCAGCAGUAUGUGAUCGAUGCUUGGGCUGUCUGUGAGCAAACAAAAUUGGACUGGAUCAAGUCUAACCAGGCAAACCUUCGUGCGGAUGUCUACAAAGGUCUUGCUGAUGCUACCAGUGCUGCUGAUGCAGAUCUUGAAAUGGUUGGAAGAUCAUUCAUCUUGCCAAGUAGCUUUACUGAAGGGCCUCGCUUUAUGAUGCAACUGUACCAAAAUGCAAUGGCUAUCUCUCGAUUCUUUGGUAAGCCAACGUUGUUCAUAACAUUCACUGCAAACCCGAACUGGAGGGAAAUCCAAGACGAGCUGUUGCCUGGCCAAACCGCUGCUGACCGUCCUGACUUGGUUGCUCGAAUGUUUAAUCUGAAGCAUGACGCACUGCUCAAAGAUCUGAAGCAGGAGAAGAUUUUUGGUACUUAUAGAGGGAUUGUGAGAACAAUAGAAUACCAGAAGCGUGGUCUUCCGCAUGGUCAUAUGCUGUUGUUUUUGGACAAUGAAAAUGAUCGGUUUGAUACGGCAGAAAAAAUAGAUCAGAUCAUUUGUGCUGAAAUUCCCAACGUCGAUGAAGAGCCCGAAUUGCAUGCAAUUGUCACCCGAAAUAUGAUGCAUGGCCCAUGUGGCGAAAUCAACAAGGAAACACCCUGCAUGGUGAAGGAUGCUUUUGGUAACGAUGUGUGCUCCAAAGAAUUUCCAAAGCCAUAUCAGCCGGCGACAGUAGCCACUGAUGAUGGGUACCCAAUGUACCGAAGAAGAAUGGGUGGUCGCUCCCGUCAAGUGCGUAUCAAAGACAACCAGGGUGCGUAUCACGACUUCCAUAUGACUAACGAAUGGGUUGUGCCACACAAUCCUUAUCUGUCAAAAAGAUGCAAUGCGCAUAUUAAUGUGGAAGUGUGUGCCAGCGUUCAGGCAAUCAAGUAUAUCAACAGGUAUAUAUAUACAAAGGAUCUGACCAAACUACUUUGA